AUGAUAAACGCGGUGGUCUUCUCCAGUUUCGUGCAGUUCCAGCCGGCCGAUACUGGCUUCGGCUUGCGCCAGCUGAACCUCAGCCAGGACGUCGACAAGGAGACGAGCCUGCAGUACACGGUGCUGCAGUACGUGCUGCCCCGGGCCGGGCUGGUCAGCAUCAACACCUCGGAGUUGACCCUCGCCGAGGACGAGCCGGGCACGCUGCUCAUCUCAGAGCUCGUCUCCGUGGGCCGCGCCGCCUCGGCCGCCGACCUCGAGGAGCUGAGCUGGCAGCUGCAGUCGCCGGCGCUGGACCGCCCGACGGUACCGGUACGGGUGCGGUACGCCGGAGAGAUUCAGCGCCGCUCUGAGGUGCCAGGCCAGACGCUCUUCUCGUACACCGGCGACGAGGACAGCUGGGAAGAACACUCCUUGGAGCUUACUCCACUGGAGCUACAAUUGCCACUUGACCCCGAGUCACCUGAACAACCUCAGGUCAUGUUCAUACCCAAACCCAACUUCCAAGGUCUGGUGCGAUUCAUAUUUGAGGUUAACCUGGCGGGGAGCAAAACGGAGGCGGAGGUUCUUCUGAUGGUGCGCGAGGCGAACGACGCCCCACUGCUGCGGGCCGAGAACGCUAGCCAAGCGUGGUCCGAGCGGGAGGCGGAGGAGGGCGCCGGCCUGGUGCUGGCCGCCUGGGACCAGACAGCUUCCCCGGAGCUGCUCACCGUACCUGGCUGUCAACCGAUGUGCGGCGGCUCCUCCAGCCUGAGCGAGGCCCAGCUGCGCGUGCUGGUGCUCCGCUCCGACUGCACCGACCUGCCCGUGCUGAGCGCCGAGUACGCCGCUUCCUGGGACCUUUGCGGCCGCUGCGGCGGCACCGGCGAGUCCUGCAUCGACUGUAACCAGGACGUCAACGGCACUGCGUUCACAGACUGCGAGCGGUGCGUAGGCGGCGCCACUGGUUUGGAGCCGGAGCGGGACUGCGCCCACCAGUGCAUGGAAAGCGAACUUGUGCGCAUCCAGGACGCAGAGGUGUGCGCCCUGAAGGAGCCGGCCGCUGUGGCGUGCGGCCACUGCGUGCUGGGCACCACGGGCCUGACGGCCACGCACGGCCGCGACUCGUGCGGCCGCUGCUCGGCGACCAGCGGCGAGGCGCAGCCGCUGGUUGCCUGCCCGGAGGAGGCGUGCGACGGCGAGCUGUCCAGCCCGCGCCGGCUCGACCGCUGCGGCCAGUGUCGCCACCCAGCCGCCGCCAACUGGGGUGCCUGCAAGCGGUUCGGUCGGCCGCCUGCGGUGGUGGACGUGGCACGACUGGGAACCAACGAGCCCGCCACCGUCGCCCUGCCGCUGCGCAACCAGACGAAACCCUGGGACCCCACGCUGGUCAGCUGUUUCGUGCAGAACGCCGGCGGCGAGAAGACGGACGUCUCCACCUUCCCGCACGAGACGCUGAUCAUCACGGCGGCCGGCACGAGGCGCAGGAAGUGGGCCGUCGGCGCGAACUUGCCGGCCGACCUGCCGCUCGGCUCGUACGACUUCGGCUGCGGCGACAUGACUUCGGCCGACAGUUUCAUGCUGGUGAACAGCAGCAGUCUGGGCAUCGCCUCCUUGGAGCCGCCCGAGGGCACGCUGGGGGAGGAGAACAUGGUAUGUCACUCCGGCUGGGCGCUGGGCCCGUGCCGACGGACGCGCCGCGUGUGGGGUCGUCUGACUGACUUCGCCUGUCUGACUGUCGCUUGUUAG